ACGAGGGUAACACUUAAAAUUUCUUUAGCAUAAUUUGGCAGUUGGCUUCGCUGUCAAUCGGAAAAUGGCAGCGACGAGUGUUGUCGUUCUCGACAGAGGCAAUAAUACAACUUGUACCGUAAAUCUUUUCGGUGCAACUGUGGUAUCAUGGAGAGUCAACAACCAGGAGCAAUUAUUUGUUAGCAAACAAGCAAUUUUCGAUGGCAAAAGACCGAUACGAGGGGGAGUACCGUUUGUAUUCCCCCAAUUUGGCGAUUGGGCGUUUGGUCCAAUGCAUGGAUUCGCGCGGAUCGCUCGUUGGCAUGUGGAGAAAAUGCCGGAGCGGUUGCCCAGCGGAGACGUGGAAGCUGUCUUUAGCCUCAUGGAUGAUGACUUUACACGGUCCAUGUGGCACUUUCAGUUCAGAUUGACAUAUCGGCUGAUACUCCGUGAAAAGGAGCUUCAUUUCAACAUCGGGGUGUACAACCCGAGCAAGGAGCUGACAUUCAGCUGCCAGCUCUUGCUCCACACCUACUUCAAAGUGCCGGACGUCCGUCGUUGUCAGAUCACCGGCUUGCAUGGCUGCAUGUUUAUAGACAAGAGUCGAGACGGCGUAAUGUACCAAGACACGCGUGAAGUGGUGACAAUAAACGAAUGCACGUCACGCAUCUAUCAGAACACGAUGCAAGAGCACAUCAUCACAAAUGUUGUGAGUGGAAGGAAGAUGAGGAUACAGAAGUACAACUUCCCUGAUACUGUAAUCUGGAACCCAUGGGCGGACUUGGCAAAGGAAAUCCCAGAUCUGGGUGAUGAUGAGUUCCCGAAUAUGGUGUGUGUGGAAGCGGGUCGUAUCGCUGCGCCCAUUGUACUUCUGCCUGGUACAGCUUUUGAGGCCAGUCAGAUACUACAGGUAAUGUAAAAGAAGCGUCAAAUCGCGCAGAGCCGUCCAAAUGUGAAGUCAAUUUGCGUAUGUUAUGACAAUAUUACCGACUUACCUAUCUGAUUGAAACCUGGUUAAUUAUCAGAUAACUUAUCAGAUUAUGAUUAUUAUAAUGGAUAAAUUUAACAAUCGCACGUAUACGUUGUACGUACGUACUUAUAACGCACAAUAUGUAAAACGAUUAUGGGAAGCUUAUGUACCGCUCUGAGGGAGUUUUUUUUAACGGACGGACUACGUUUCGAAUAGUAUUCGUGUAGUUAACUUGUAAUAACGCGUUAAUCUUUAUUGUUAAAUCUGUAGAAAAUGACUUUUUUUAUAACUUUCCCAGCCCUUUUUAGUUGAAAAUCUUCAGCUUUGAGGUACAUAUGUGUACUUGACGUAUUUUCUCGAAUGGUUUUUUAAUUAAUUGAUCCAUUAUAAUAAAACUUUGCAACAUUUUUAUACACUUUAAAUAAGUCCAGUGCAUUUAAAUCCAUCCUCAAUUAGCAUAACUUUGUAUUUUAACUACUUAUUAGUAGGUCUUUUAAUAUUUUAAUUGUAAUUGCCUUAGGCGCUAGAAAUAUAGAGUAUCAAUCGGUAAUACAUUCACAGUUAAUCUAAAUAUAUAUAAACUUAUAAUAAUCGAAUCUUAAAAGUUUAAAAAUGUAAAUAACAUUUUUUUAUUUCUUGCCAUUCUACUUUUCACAUUACGUCUUCCUUGUUUAAUCGAAAAUUAUUACAUCGUGUUAAUUGUAUUUAUCUAUAUAUUAUAUAACAAUUGCUAUUUUUUCCAAAUUUUUAAUUAAUACUCAGAUAUUUUGACUUGAUUUGCUUCGGUUGUGAUGUACGUACGUUCCAAUUUCAUUCCUAUUUAAGUUAAGGUAAAGCUUUCAGAAUUAUCUUGUACAUAAGUACUGAUACUCGGCCCCGGAGAUGUACAGAUGUUUUAUAGUUUUUGUUUGGUACUUUUGGAGGCUUUUAAAGUAUACGAUAAUUUUAAGAAUACGUACUUAGUUCCUUGCUCUUUUUAUAGUCCUUACAGAUGACAGGUUGUAUAGUCCUAAGUGACCCUUAUAAUUACCAAAUUAUAUUUGAGAAAUAAAACAAUAUCUUUUUUUUCGACUUCUGUAUUAUGCAAAUUAAUAAUUUCUUGAAAUAGUCAAAAUAAAAAUAAAUAUCAAUGAUCUGCGACAGUACUUCGUAACGUAGAAGUUCCAUAUCAUUUUAAUAUCCGUAGCGCUGAUGUCGCAAAGGUAUAAAGUUAAAGAGCGUACCAAUUCUUUAAAGGCCGGCAACGCACUCGCGAGCCCUCUAGCAUUGAGUGUCCAUGGGCGGCGGUAUCACUUUACAUCAGGUGAGCCUCCUGCCCGUUUUUCCUGUUCUAUAAAAAAAUCGUUUGCUUAGCUAAACUCUAUAUUGGAAAUAAAUGAUCAUGACAAAACUUUAUAGAAAAGUAUGGCUGCGUGCAUAAUGUUUCUUGUCCUAUAUUAAUAAAAUUUUGAUAUAGGGUCACUAAGGUCUAUACUAAGGGAUUUUCAUGGUUUGUGAUCAAAAAUGUGCUCUCUUUGACAAUUUAUAGUUUAAGAAUUACCAAUUAUAAAAUUGUAUGACUCAAUUAGCAACUAAAAUAGUAUUAAUUUUCAUGUACUAUCCUUUUUAUGGAUAAUAAAUUUUGUAUUAAGGGUUAAAUUGGUGGUCUGAUUAAUGGACUCUUAGCAACAAGAAGUGUACUUCCAUAGGUGCAAUAAAGUGAUUAAGACAUU